CUAUUUUAAAACAAACACCCAUUUUUACAAAUGUUGAGAAUGCAAAUGAACUCUAUAAAGAGAUAAGUAUUCAUACCUGAAAUCAUAAAACAUGGGACAGCAAGAGAAACAUCACUCGCUACUUUCCAAGUCAAAACAUAGAAAAGAGAUGAAUUUACUAACUUGCAAUUAUUAUUUUUUUUAAUUAAAAAAAUAAAAGCAGCUUUCCUUUCCGAUCUGCCAUCUGCGGUGGAACCGCCGCCAAGAUGCAGAUUUUCGUGAAAACUCUUAUGGGGAAGACCAUCACUCUUGAGGCUGAACCCUCGGAUACAACAGAAAAUGUAAAGGCCAAGAUUCAGAAUAAGGAAAGAAUUCCUCCUGAUCAGCAGAGAUUGAUCUUUGCUGGCAAGCAACUGGAAGAUGGACGCACUCUGUCUGAAUACAACACUCAAAAGGAGUCCACUCUUCAUCUUGUGUUAAGACUCCGUGGUGGUGCUAAGAAAAGGAAGAAGUCUUAUACCACUCCCAAGAAGAAUAAGCAUAAGAGAAAGAAGGUUAAACUGUCCUUCUUGAAAUACUAUAAGGUGGAUGAGAAUGGCAAAAUCAGUCGCCUUCGUUGGGAGUACCCUUCAGAUGAGUGUGGUGCUAGAGUUUUCAUGGCUAGUCGCUUCGACAGACAUUAUUGUGGCAAAUGUCUGACUUACUGCUUCAACAAACCAGAAGACAAGUAACUGUAUAUGGGUUAAUAAUAAAAGACAUGGGGCAACUGGGUGGCUCAGUUGGUUAAGUGACUGCCUUCGGCUCAGGUCAUGAUUGCGGAGUCCCGGGAUCGAGUCCCACAUCGGGCUCCCUGCUCAGCGGGGAGUCUGCUUCUCCCUCUAACCCUACCCCCUCUUGUGCUCUCUUUCUCACUCUCUCUCUCAAAUAAAUAAAAUUUAAAAUAAUAAUAAUAAUAAUAAAAGACAUGAACAACAACAACAAAAGCCACUCAGAGGGUCUAGUGACCUAGAUGAAGGUGGGACACCAUCAAGCUAAUUUUCAGAGUAUAGACAUUUUAUACACUUUAGUACUCAAGUCUCUUGGGUCAGAGUAGCAGAGAUCUCUGAAAAAUAGCUCCCUUCAGCAAAUGACUAAAAGAUAAACUGUACACUCGAUUAGAACAUCCUGACUUGUUAAGAAUAAAAAUGGACUGCCUACGAAGAUAAAGUGUAACUCUACAUAAUGGAACGAAAACAAAUCACAAUCUUGAGUAACACAUAUAUCUCACAAUGUUGAGCAAAAGAAGGCAAAAAAUAUAUAUACAGUGAUUUUGUUCAUAUAAAGUGCAAAAACAAGAGUAAAUUACACUGUUGAGGGGAGGUAUAUAUAGGUGGUUAAAAAAAAAAAAGGAAAAGAAAAUACAAUUGCACCAAAAACGG